GUCUCCGGCUGGAGCAGCUCACAUGUUACUUCCUGUAUGGGAGAAUGGAAAGCGGCCAGCCCCGGUGUGAUCAGCCAGGAGGAGCGGAUCCCAGCCUGGAAUAAAGAGCCCGGGAGCCUGGAAUAAUAGAGCAGGAUCCGGGACUACACCAGAUCCCCCUUCCUUCCCCCAAAGCUUGGGACCUGCUGGAGAUCGCUGCAUGCAUGAGAUCCAGAGCUCUCCCCGGCUCUCCAACUUCCCAGAGCCCUCCUAGUAACCAGACACCCGGAGCCGGCGCCCCGGCCCCCCGCCUCCCUCCCCGCCUCUACUACUACUUUUUUUUGCUUGGAGGGGAAUCAGUCAACAAGUUGCCUCUGUUCUCAAUGUGCAUGUUGUCAUGCGGAGACUACUGCAGCCGUGCUGGUGGAUCUUGUUCCUGAAAAUCUCCACGUCUGUGCUGCACUAUGUCCUGUGUUACCCCGCAUACACGGAGGGGAACGUGGGAGCACUACACGAAAACAGACAUGGAAGCUCCGUGCAGAUACGGAGGCGAAAGGCAGCCAGUGAACCAUACUGGUCCUAUUCAGGUGUGUAUGGACCUGAGAACUGGGUAAUGACCAGCGUGGACUGUAAAGGUCUUCACCAAUCCCCCAUAGACAUUGUGGAUUACACUGCCAAUAUAAGAGACGAGUUCCAGGAGCUGCUUCUGGAUGGAUUCGAGAAUGAGUCUUCUAACAAGACAUGGAUGAAAAACACUGGCAAAACAGUUGCCAUUCUCCUGAAAGAUGACUAUUACAUCAGCGGUGCAGGGCUGCCAGGCAGGUUUAAGGCCGAGAAAGUGGAAUUCCACUGGGGUCAAAGCAAUGCAUCAGCAGGCUCCGAACACAGCAUCAACGGCAGAAGAUUCCCUGUCGAGAUGCAGAUUUAUUCCUACAAUCCUGAUGACUUUGACAGCUUUGGGGCAGCGAUUAUGGAUAAAAGGCUGAUCGCAGCCAUGUCGGUCUUCUUUCAGGCCACACAGAAAAACAACCCUGCUCUUGACCCCAUUAUUCAUGGACUGAAGGGUGUUGUCCAUCAUGAAAAAGAAACCUUUCUGGAUCCAUUUAUCUUGAGAGAUUUACUGCCGCAAUCUUUAGGUAGUUUUUACCGAUAUACAGGAUCCCUGACGACUCCUCCAUGUAGUGAAAUUGUGGAGUGGGUUGUGUUUAGCCGGCCGGUUCCCAUCUCCUAUCAGCAGCUGGAAGCUUUCUAUUCCAUAUUUACCACGGAGCAGCAAGACCAUGUCAAGUCCGUGGAUUAUUUGAGGAACAACUUCAGACCAAAACAGCCCCUAAAUGAUAGAGUCGUUUAUAAGUCUGCUGUGAAAGAUGCUUGGAGCCAAGACAUGUCUGACGACUUUGAUCUUUUUGGCACUGAAGCUUCGAAAGUCUGCAGCUCCCCGCCGGUCAGCAUGACAGUGCAACCAGUAAACAAGACAGCUUUAGUUGUUUCUUGGAAGAAGCCAACCUUUGUUUACCAUCCUCCAAUCAUGAACUACAUGGUAUCUUACAGCUGGACCAAAAAUGAUGAAGAGAAGGAGAAGACCUAUAUUAAAGACAAUGACAGUGAAAAAGAACUGAAUGUCACCAUUAACCACGUCUCUCCCGAUAUCCUGUACCUGUUCAGAGUGCAGGCGGUGUGUCGCAACGACAUGCGGAGUGACUUCAGCCAAACAAUGCUUUUUCAAGCCAACACAACACGAAUAUUUGAAGGAACCAGGAUUGUGAAGACAGGAGUGCCUACUGCUUCCCCUGCUUCCUCCGCUGACAUGGCUCCGAUCAGUUCUGGAUCCUCCACCUGGACUUCCUCUGGCAUCCCCUUUUCUUUUGUUUCCAUGGCCACUGGGAUGGGCCCUUCUUCAAGUGGGAGCCAAGCUACGGUGGCCUCUGUGGUGACAAGUACUCUGCUUGCUGGUCUUGGGUUUAGCGGUGGUGGUUUGCCUUCUUUUCCUAGCACUGUGUGGCCCACUCGCCUCCCCACUUCCUCUUCUGCCAGUAAACAGGCCGCCAGGCCUGUCGUGUCUACUACUGAACCUUUACCGUCCACAGGCUCUGACAAUGACGCUUCUCCUACAAAGAACAGCGAAGGGGCUGAGGAGGGCGACAAGGAUGAAAAAGGUGAGGGGGAAGAAGGUGAGCGAGAGCAGGAGGAGGAAGGAGAGGACAGUGAAAAGGAGAAAGGGGAUGCCGCCACACAUUCUUCCGAUGUUCAGAACCACACACAGUCCACCAUGACUACUGACAGUGCUGAUGGCCAACACGACCCCGGCACUAAUGAAACUUUAAUAGACUCAAAGCAAAAUGAAAACACGUCUAUAGUAGAGGACCGUAACUGGGGUACACCUGCUGGAAGUACAGUCCCUUUACAAACCACAGUGCCAUCCACAGAAGAUUAUGAUCAGGAUCAAAGUACAUAUAUUCCAGAAAAAGAUGGGACAGACUUGGACAACAGAUCCACUGUUUACCAAGGUAACUCAAGCAUGGAGAGUCGCCCUUCCUCCAACAAGAUGGAAUGGAUCGUUCCCUUAAUGGUGGUCUCUGCCUUGACUUUCUUCUGCUUGGUCCUUCUCAUCGCUGUGUUGGUCUACUGGAGGAAGUGUUUUCAGACCGCUCACUUCUAUGUCGACGACAGCAGCUCACCAAGAGUCGUCCCCAAUGACAACAUACCCAUCAUCCCCAUUCCAGAUGACAUGGAGGCCAUUCCAGUCAAGCAGUUUGUUAAACACAUCAGCGAACUCUAUUCCAACAACCAGCAUGGAUUCUCCGAGGAAUUUGAGGAAGUUCAGCGCUGCACAUCUGACAUGAAUAUCACAGCGGAACAUUCCAACCAUCUAGAUAACAAACACAAGAACAGAUAUAUCAACAUAGUUGCAUAUGAUCACAGUAGGGUGAAGCUGAGGCCUUUUCCCGGCAAGGAUUCAAAGCACAGCGACUAUAUUAAUGCCAAUUAUGUUGAUGGCUACAACAAAGCAAAGGCCUACAUUGCUGCCCAGGGACCUUUAAAGUCGACUUUUGAAGAUUUCUGGAGGAUGAUUUGGGAGCAAAACACUGGAAUCAUUGUUAUGAUAACGAAUCUGGUGGAAAAGGGGAGAAGAAAAUGUGACCAGUAUUGGCCAACAGAGAACAGUGAGGAGUAUGGGAACAUUAUGGUAACAUUAAAGAGCACAAAGGUGUAUGCCUGCUACACAGUGCGGAAAUUCACCAUCAGGAACGUGAAAAUGAAGAAGGGUCAGAAGGGGAACCCUAAAGGCCGCCACAAUGAGAGAACAGUUAUGCAGUAUCACUACACACAAUGGCCAGAUAUGGGAGUCCCAGAGUAUUCACUGCCAGUCCUCACCUUUGUACGGAGAUCAUCUGCUGCUUUACAGACAGACAUGGGACCUGUAGUGGUACACUGUAGCGCCGGAGUUGGCAGGACGGGAACAUACAUUGUGAUUGACAGCAUGCUACAGCAGAUAAAAGACAAAAGCACCGUUAAUGUUCUGGGCUUUCUGAAACACAUCAGAACACAGCGAAACUACCUCGUCCAGACGGAGGAACAAUACAUCUUUAUACACGACACACUCUUAGAGGCUAUUUUGGGAAAAGAAACAGAAGUAUGUUCUAACCAGCUGCACAGUUAUGUGAACACUAUCCUGACACCUACAGCAGGAGGCAAGACGAGACUGGAAAAGCAAUUCAGGCUUGUCACACAGUGUAAUGCAAAAUACAUUGAAUGCUUCAGUGCCCAGAAAGACUGUAACAAAGAGAAGAACAGAAACUCGUCGGUUGUGCCAUCUGAACGUGCAAGAGUGGGCUUAGCACCAUUGCCUGGAAUGAAAGGAACAGAUUAUAUAAAUGCUUCUUAUAUCAUGGGUUACUUACGAAGCAAUGAGUUUAUUAUCACCCAACACCCAAUGCCACAUACAACAAAAGACUUCUGGAGGAUGAUAUGGGAUCAUAAUGCACAGAUCAUUGUCAUGUUACCGGAUAGUCAGAGCCUGACUGAGGACGAGUUUGUCUAUUGGCCGAGUCGUGAAGAAUCUAUGAACUGUGAGGCCUUUACUGUGACCCUGAUCAGCAAAGAUCGGCUCUGUCUCUCUAAUGAGGAGCAAAUUAUCAUCCACGAUUUUAUCCUUGAAGCAACACAGGAUGAUUAUGUUUUAGAAGUUCGUCACUUUCAGUGUCCAAAAUGGCCAAACCCAGAUGCUCCUAUUAGCAGUGCUUUUGAACUUAUCAAUGUGAUAAGAGAAGAAGCUCUUACAAGAGAUGGACCUACCAUUGUGCAUGAUGAGUUUGGCGCUGUUUCAUCCGGAACUCUCUGUGCACUCGCCACUUUGUCCCAGCAGUUAGAGAAUGAAAAUGCAGUCGAUGUUUACCAGGUGGCCAAGAUGAUAAAUCUGAUGAGACCUGGUGUAUUCACAGAUAUUGAGCAGUACCAGUUCCUCUACAAGGCAAUGCUCAGCCUGGUCAGUACAAAGGAAAACGGCAGCGGCCCCAUGGCAUUGGACAAAAAUGGAGCUAUUUUGGUCAGCGACGAAUCGGACCCUUCACAGAGCAUGGAGUCUCUUGUUUAAAGAGGUCCCACGGAAAGGCACUACAUUUGUUAAAAGAAAAACAAAAACAACAAAAAAAAACUUCUGACCUUCUCAAGACAAAGUGGACUUAUUGAGGCCUUUUAUUUGCCAGACUAUAGGUUAUACAAUAACCCAAUUACUUUUUUACACUGAUAAAAGUUUUGAUAUUUAUUUUUGCCAUUUUAUGUCUUAAUGGUAUCCUACUGAGCAUUUGCACCUCUGUUCAUUUCACACGGUGAAAACUCAAUUUUAUCUAGUUUGCACUAUAUGAUCAGUGUUACUGCCUAUACCGCUCUAGAACAUGGCAAAGCCCAGCAAGAUGACAUUCCCUAGAUCCAACUCAUGAUCUUUUAUCCUGACUUAUGAAGAACUUUUUCUUUUUUCCUUUUUUUUUCUUUUUAUUUUUUAUACAUAGCUUGUAAAAAAAAGUUUUUAAAGUCCUUCUUAACCCCAUUUUGUCUUCACAAACUUCAUCCCUGAUGUAACUGCCAUUUUGGGAAUGGGGUGACCACUUCCUUUCUUUGCACACGCUGUUAUUUAAGUUGCUUCUCCACCGUAGCAUAUUAUUAUGUCAUGUAGCCCUCCGUUCCAGAACACUGUACCGUGCAUUCCAUUCACACCUGAUCACAAUGCCACUCAUAAGGUUUCGUCUCACUCUGGUCUUAUUCAUACACAACAUUUUGUUUAUAAUCUGCUAUUUGGGUAGAUGUUUUUUUUAUUUUACUAUGUAAUUUGUAUUUGCUACUUUUGUGAGCCCAAAUAAGCAAUUCCAUAGAUUUUUUUUUCAUUUAUAGCAACAACUCUGUUUAAUUCAUUAUACAAUAUGAUAAACUUAUUUUUAUCAAAUUUCGGCUUUGGUUUCACUAAAUGUUUAUUGCAGGACAAUAUCCAGCGGCUUUGAGGGAUGUAUUGAGUCUAUACAAGAUAGAUGGCUCCUCUUUUCAAAACUGACAUGUCUACAUUAAAGGGGUACUCCGCUGCUCAGCGUUUGGAACAAACUGUUCCGAACGCUGGAACUCGGAGCUCGUGAUGUCAUAGCCCCGCCCCCUCAUGGUGUCACACCCCACCCCCUCAAUGCAAGUCUAUGAGAGGGGGUAUGACUGCCGUCACGCCCCCUCCCAUAGACUUGCAUUGAGGGGGUGGGGCGUGACGUCAUGAAUGGCCGGGGCUAUGAUUUCACGGGCUCCCGCCUCCUGCCAUCACGCCCCCUCCCAUACACUUACAUUGAAGGGGUGGGGCUAUGAUGUCACGAGCUUCCGCCUCCUACCGUCACACCCCCUCAAAUAGACUUACAUUGAGGGGGUGGGGCUAUGACGUCACGAGCUCCCAGCUCCAGCGUUCGGAACAGUUUGUUCCAAACGCUAAGCAGCAGAGUAUCCCUUUAAUGUGCUGUUGGCAUUAGACCAAUCUGUACGGUGGCAUGACGACUACUACUUCCCACCAACAAUUUUUUUCCAUACUGUGAUAUUACUGUGGGACCAAAGUGGAUUCAUGUAUGAAUAGAAUUGAGUUGCUCUUUAAUGUUGCAGAUGUAAUUUUCCAAAUCUUCAUAUAGAGUCAAACAUAUACAAAACAACAAAGUCUGCGACCACAUUGGACCGUGCUAUUCCGUCCUUAUAUUUUUCCCAACAUCAGAAACCUUUGGGGAUGUAAAAUAGAAUGACGAUUUUUGGGUUUUUAUAAAAUAAACUGUUGUUUCUUGUGUUCCCCGAUAAACAUGGACGAGCGUGCCUGUUUUUAUUUGUUUUCCAAAGGAAAAAAAAACUUGAAAGUGCUAAAAUUCAACAAUGCUUCUUUCUUUGACAUCUGCCAUUGGUGGACUAUUGAGUUGCCCCACACUUGUUUGAUGUCUGUUGUUCCUACCAAAAUUAGCAGAUUUGAGUGACUUUAAUGUAAUGUGUAUGGCCAGGACAUAUCAGAGUGGUAGGGUAGGGCCAACCUUUCCUGGUCCUGUUCCCUUUUUCACUGGAUAGCUUGCAAAGCAUACACUGUUCCUAUUGAAACAUAUGGAAAUUACAUAAACAUACAAGAGCUCUAACUUUGCCAGAUGCUCGACAACCUCCUAUGUCGUUUCUCAGAGCUUGUCCAGGAUUAGAACAGAGGUUGGCUCUUCUUCAGACAACAAUGCAUCAUCCACUGAGAGGGCCAUGAACUAGAUUAGUGCCCUAUUUCUUUGGGUAUUAGAGGUAUUCCUGACUGAUGGAAAUGCUGAUAAGGUCUGCCUUGUUUUCCAUAAACAGUGCCACAAUCCUUGUUUGCGGCAGAUUUUGAUAUUGCAGCUCCAUUACAUUCACUUGAGUGGGACUGGGCUACAAUACUGGACCCAACCCUUGGACAAAAGAUUCAUUUCUUAUAAAAUCUAUUUGUAAGAGAGGCUUUCCAGACCCAGACAUUACAGCUUAACAGAUAACUUUAUUAAAAAGGGGCACAAGCUUGUAGUGAUCCUUAGACUGGUGUCAGGGACCUCUGUCUCCACUAUUUGGGCUGCGCUAAAGGGACUUUUGGUACAACUAGUCCUAUUAUUCUGCCAUGGGUCUGUAAGGGGCUACUCUCUACCACAGUCUGACCUACCGAACUACAACUUGCAGGGUUUCAUCAGUCAUUUAGUAAACAAAUAGCCCUGAACCUCCAUGGGUCAUCGUUGCAACACCACUACCUUUCCUGAAUGUUUUUAAUGAAAGUGUGCACCAUGCACGUUAAGUAAUACUUUCCACAAAAAGUGCCCUCCUCAAGUCACAGGGUGGCAAAUCCAUUAUAUGUGUGCUCAGUCACGUUGGAGGGAACUGGGAGCAGGCUGCAUGUCGACCUAGUGCUGCUGUAAUUGCCCCCUGGCCCCUGGUUUUUGCUUUUUACGCACAGGUAGGUUAGCAUUAGGUCCCGUGCCAGCUGAGAAACCUUGGGGUUGCUGCUCUUUAUAGGAUUGGUUAAACAUGAGCAUAAUAGAGCCACAAGUCCUGGUCUGACAACAGGUCUAAUAACCGAACUGUCAGCUCAGGUAAGUAGACCUGUGAUCAGGCCAGGACUUGUGGCAGAAAAACAGAUACAAAAAUGGCUCCUUACUAGACUUGUUUGAAACUGUCCUAACAGUGUCAACAAUGUUAACGCUUGGCCAUUUCACCUGGGUAUGCUGGAGAAGCAGUAAGACUCUUGUGCAUGUCCCUUUUUUCCUCACUAGUCCACACACUUUGUAUAGUUAGGAGAAAAGGGCCUUGCUUUUGGUUUCAGAACACUGAUCAGUCUGUAUCCUGGGAGGUAUAUCUUCUGCCUACAUUGAUGUGCCAAGACUUGGUGUCCUCCAGUCUCCUGCCAUCAGCCUACCAUUUUAUCUCACUCCAGCUCACUUUUGUUGGUCCCUGCAAAUACAGCAAUGCAUAUGUUAUCAUGGGUCUAUGCUGAGGCUGGGCUUUUUUUGACGCAAGUUUCAAUGGUUGCCAGCUUCAAUGGCAUGAUCCGGCAGCAGCACUACACACCAUAGUAUGUAAACUGUUGUCAACAAAAUGGGCUAGACAGGUACACAGUCCAGUAAGGGGCUCCUAAUGGCAGCAAGUAGGGACAGAAACAAAUAUAGAUAAUAAUAAUGGGUAGUGAGUGGUUGUUGCAAAACUAAACCCUUCUGUAUUCCCUGACAUUGCAAAGAAGCUAUUCCAAAGUUUAUAUUGGCCUUGCCCCCAACUUUAGUAAACUGACAUAUUUCACAUUAUAUUCUGCAGAGUUCAUAUGUUAUUAUUCACAUCAUAAGAGGAUGAAUACAUUUUAGUUCUUUUCACUUCUUCUCUUAGUAUUUUUUUCUGAAUGGUUUAUUCCCCAUAUUAAUGGAAAUACUUUGAUGCUGGGAAAUUAAAAACUACCUAUAUAGGUUUGUUAUUUUAUGUAUAACUCUAAGGAUGCAAGAGAAGAUUAUUUUAAAGGUAAUACUCCCCUGUUAAUCCCAUUAUAUUGGACAUUUAAUAACAAUCUGUUCCAUCUACAUGGAUUAUCGUUGUCGCCUGUAGAGUAGCGGCCACUAGAUAGGCUAUUCUUAUAGCUUAUAGUCUGGAAUUCAUUGACAGACUACAGUGUACCAUAACAAACAAUGAAAAUCAAAGUUUCCCAUAGCCUGGUAGGUUAAUAUUGGGUCUGUCCUACAGCUAAAGGCCUGGGUUACUCAUACUAUAACACACACUACAAAAAAUAUUAAGAUCAACGUGGGUUGUACCAGCUUUAUUACUUUCUCAGUGUCUCAUGGGAAACAGUCUUCAUAUCCUGCUAUUAACCACUAAUCUUGGUUUUGGAGAUGAGAAAUUGAAUGUAUAAAAGUUUAUUUUAAUGUUAUAUCUACCAUGUUUUUAUGUAUACAUUAUGAUUGUACCCAACACAACUAUUGCUUAUUGGAUACCAUGUUAAGGUGUAAUGGUGAUAAUCUGAUUUUAUAUACCAUACUAUUUGGAAAUGCU